UCACUGCCACACAAUCAAUUACAACAUUUUGAAGUCUCAACGACAUGUUCUCGGCUCAAAGGAUCUAUCCAGUCGACCAGAGCCUGAAGCUCUGCUGCCUGAUGGGGCUUCUGGUGGUCCUCCUCCUAAGUCCCGUUGAUGCACGCCAUACCCGACGACCCAGGCGUACAACCACGCCCCGAACUCCGCGGCCCACAACGCAGGUGCCGGAGCUAGUGCCGGACCGACAUCACCAUCUGCACCACUGGCCGCCACUGGUGGCUCCACCCCAUACCCCUUCAGUGGCCCCUAUACCCCAACAUCCGGCCACAGCAGAGCCAAUGCCCCAGCUGGUGGACAGCUUCGAUCAGCGCUCAGUGGACGGACAAUACGAGUUCAGAUACCAAUUGGAUAAUGGAAACACCCGCUACGAACGGGCCUACUGGCUGCCAGUGGGCGAGAAGCUGGUGCUGGCCCGGAAGGGCUACUACUCGUUCCCGCUGCCGAACCGACAGUUCUCCACCGUCUUCUACAGGGCCGAUCAUCUGGGCUAUCAUGUGGAUAUGAACACAUUAUCCGGGAAGCAGCCGUUGUUGCCACGCAACCUUGAAGUGCCUCAGGCGGGGGCACGGACUGAAGCAGGAGCAGCUAAACGAAAUUCAAUAAGCAUGCCAGAGCGUAACGACCAGGAGCAGGAGCCACAGGACCAGGGCCAAGAGGUUGAGCUGCUUGCAACUGGAGUCAGAGUUGACUCUGGCAAGGACGAGGAGGAGGGUCCAACCGAGCUGGCUCCAAAUGCACUAAACCAAGUCGAAACCGAAACCGAACCAUCAACUGUGGCCAACGACAUUUUGGCAACUGAAGCAGCAGUCGACAACCAUGAUGAUGAUGCUGAUGCUGAUGAUGAUCAAAAGCCUGAUGGAGGCGACUCUAACUAAAGGCCUCGCCAGAGAAGGAGGAUGCUCGUCCUGUGGCAUAUGCAGGAACAGCAACACCAACCCACACUUGGCGCUCCACUUGCUGCAAAAUCAAAUUGAAAACAAUUGUUGCUGCGCCCCCAGAGACCCGAG